CUGUGUAGUCACUAUUUGGAGUUACUCUGGACUUUAAUUAAUUUUGAUGACAUGAAAAACCAUGUUUUAUUCAAUACCACUAAGUACAUAUAUUUAUAUCUUUCGAAAAAGACGCGUAUAUUAUUUCACUGAUUUACUUACCGUACUUCAUGGAAAUAAAAUUGAUUGAUAAAUUAACUACAGCUCAUAUGUGAAAUCAAUAAGCAAUGUUAAUGUUCUCAUGGCUUCUGAGCUUGUGCCUGCUCGUAUGCGCUCUGGUUAUUGCCGCAGCCGCCCCUGGAGGGUGGGGAUACGGCGGUAGUCUCGGCUACGGCGCAGGCUACGGCGGGUACGGCCGCGGGUGGGGCGGCUACGGAGGUUACUAUGGCGGUAGCGGCUGGGGCGGUUAUGGAGGUUACGGAGGCUACGGUGGCUACGGGAGGGGAUGGGGAGGAUACGGCUGGUAAUCCAACGACUCGAGUAUUGUACUCUCUGACCGGUAAACCUGUGAUGCGCUUGUGACUAAAUUGUACUGAAAUAA